GCCUCCACGCCUACAUACCAUCUCACCUCCAUCUUUUUUCUCUUUGAUUGCGCAUGCCAGCGCGGCCAUCUGGAUCUCUUCUCGACAGUGGCUCUCGUCUGCUUCGCCCCUCCUUUCGACGGGCAGCUACACCGUCGCAGCAGAAUCAGGGCGGCGAAGGUCCAUCUUCGUCCUCGUCUGGCUCGUCGAUGUCGCACCAACGCGAGCGACUGACACCGCAAUUCUUCACCCGCAACGAGACACUUCCUUGGGGCUACAACGAGCAGCCAUAUCCUCGAAGAGGGGCAGCUCUGCCACCUCGUCCUCCUCUGGCUGGUAGCUAUCCGCCUGGUGGACCCCCACCGCCCGGUCCUCCUCCGCCGCCGCCUCCAUCUGCAUCCAGGUACGAAGCGCCGCGCAGGUGGGUUCAGCACGAGACGGAGAGACAAGACUGGUAUCGACCCGAGAUGAGUCAAUCUCGCAAUGCAGGCGGCAGUGGAUACGUUUCGACGUUCAAGAAGAGAAAGGAAAGGCAGAAGAGGGAGCAGCAUGAACGAGAGGCCAACGAGAUGAGGCGGCAGCAGUACUCGCAAUAUCAGCAAGAUCAAUCUCAGCAUCCCUAUCAUCACUCAGAGCAAUCUCAGCAUCCCAAUCGACCGCACCAACAACAACAGCUGUAUCGACCUCCUCAUCAGCGCCAACCUAAUCCACAGCAACAGCCUCACUCUCUGCCACCACGCCCACCUGGAAGCCCACGAGGCAGUCGCUCGUACCACUUCUCCUCCGGCCCUUCACCUACCCCCCAGCGGUCUCCACCGCGGCAAGGCUCACCCAGCGCCUACAAUCGACCACGCCCACUAGCCGUCCGCGCAGAGCCUCGACAGUCGUACGCGGAGCUCUCGUCGCAAUCUCCAACUUCUCACCUGUUAGACAUGGACCCACCAGGCCCACCUCCCCUGCUUGUCUUAGACCUCAACGGCACUCUCGUCUUCCGAGGGGCUUCUCGGUCCAACAAUAAUGCGCCCUCACGCAGGCCGUACCUGUCGAGUUUCCUCGCGUACUGUCUCGGGUUCGAGGACGCAAGCUACGCGCCUGACAGCCUGGACCAUGAUGAGGCUGCGGCCAACCAGAGACGCUCAGAGUGGAAGUGCAGGGCAAUGCUGCCCCGCGAGGAGCAGAACAGAUCUGCUCCUCGACCUCAUGGCUCUCACUUUUGGGCCUCAUCCUCUUCUCCUUCCACCUUCGCCUCUACACUCCCGCCAUCUCACCCAAACUCCUCCUUCCGCCUCCUCGUCUGGUCCUCGGCUCAGCCACAAAACGUCGACAGCAUGGUGCGCAGCAUGCUCCACCCUCAGCAGGCAGAGCAGCUCGUCCGCUGUUGGGGGCGGGACACUCUGGUCCCCAUGAGGUUCUACAAUACAAAGGCGCCUAGCGUCAAAGAUUUGGAGAUUAUUUGGGAUGCACUUGCCGGAGAUAAGAACGGGGAGAGGAGGGUCAUGGCUGAGGUGAGGGAUAGGGAGGACAGGCAAUCGGGGGUUUCGACGACUGAGAGGGACGACACGAUGGUGCCGUGCCUGUACGGAGCGCACAAUACCCUCCUGCUCGAUGAUUCUCCCAGUAAGGCCCGCCUUCAGCCUUACAACCACCUCCUGGUGCCCGAGUUCGACGGGCCUCGAGCCUCGGCUGCUGAAGCAUACCGCAAUCAAGCUCGACAGGACAACAAGAAAGCGAAGGGGAAAAGCGCUGGCGGUCGGAAGGUGGACAGUGAUGAGGAAGACGAAGGGUUGGAGCAAGUGGACACGGUCCUCCUGCAAGCGGUUGGGGUAUUGGAGCACGCGCGAUACCAGAAGAAUGUGGCUGCGUGGAUCAGGAGUGGUGGGCUUGGCAGGUUCGCAGGCGUGGAGCAGCCUGGCACCAGUGGCAAUGCGGUGCAGUCGUCGACAAUGGACAGGAGCAAGGAAUGCGAGCUCGAGCCCAACCUCGAUGUCCCUUCAAACGAGAGGACGGAGGCCUUCUGGCGACGUGAGGGACGAAGGGCGCUCUCGAGAAACCAGGUCGCUCUGAUCUUCUGAUCGAUCAGGCCACGCUGGUAGCACACACGCACAUCACAGCUCGAGGCCAGAUCAUCGUCGAUACUCAUCA